AUGAGUGGCUGUUCAAAGAGAUGCAAGCAUGGGCUUGUCAAAUUUGCCCAGACUAUUUUCAAGCUCAUCACAGGCACACUCAGUAAAGACCCUGCACGAUGGUUUUACGUGUAUCAGAGAGAUAAAAUUGAAGAUGAAUUAGAAAUGACAACAGUGUGCCAUAGACCCGAAGGACUGGAACAGCUUGAAGCACAGACCAAUUUCACUAAAAGAGAACUUCAAGUGCUUUACAGAGGAUUUAAAAAUGAAUGUCCUAGUGGGGUUGUUAAUGAAGAAACAUUCAAACAGAUCUAUGCACAGUUUUUUCCUCAUGGAGAUGCUAGCAUGUAUGCACAUUAUCUCUUCAACGCAUUUGACACUGCACAAAAUGGCUCAGUGAAGUUUGAGGAUUUUGUGAUGGCAUUGUCCAUUCUGCUGCGUGGAACUGUUCAUGAGAAGCUACGAUGGACAUUUAACCUGUAUGACAUAAAUAAGGAUGGCUACAUCAACAAGGAGGAAAUGAUGGAUAUAGUAAAGGCAAUUUAUGAUAUGAUGGGGAAGUACACGUACCCAGUGCUCAAGGAAGAUGCCCCAAGGCAACAUGUAGAAGUGUUCUUCCAGAAAAUGGAUAAAAACAAAGAUGGUGUUGUAACUUUAGAUGAGUUCAUCGAAUCGUGUCAGGAGGAUGACAAUAUCAUGCGAUCCUUACAGCUCUUUGAAAAUGUGAUGUAA